AACUACAACCCCCAUAGUCGAGCGAGGACGUUUGGAGAAGGGCAGCGUCGCUGGACGCAUGCGCAGAUGCAGAAGACUUCGCCCGUGUCCUCAACAUCCUAGCUGUGCCAGGUGGGAAGAAAGCCCCCCACCCACGAAGCUGCCUGGUCCUGAGCCUCGAUCCGUCAGGCUGGCGCUGAGAUGACCCUCUUCCACUUUGGGAAUUGCUUUGCCCUGGCCUAUUUCCCCUAUUUCAUCACCUACAAGUGCAGCGGCUUAUCAGAAUAUAAUGCCUUCUGGAGAUGUGUCCAGGCUGGAGCCACCUACCUCUUCGUUCAGCUCUGCAAGAUGCUGUUUUUAGCUACGUUCUUUCCGACUUGGGAGGGUGGCGCAGGUGCUUAUGACUUCGUUGGAGAAUUCAUGAAAGCCACCGUGGACCUGGCAGACUUGGUGGGCUUGCAUCUGGUGAUGUCCCGGAAUGCGGGGAAAGGGGAAUACAAGAUCAUGGUGGCAGCCAUGGGAUGGGCCACCGCAGAGCUCAUUAUGUCCCGCUGCAUCCCACUGUGGGUGGGAGCUCGUGGCAUUGAGUUUGACUGGAAAUACAUCCAGAUGAGUAUUGACUCUAACAUCAGUCUGGUCCACUACAUUGCUACGGCAGCCCUGGUGUGGAUGUUCACACGCUAUGAUUUACCCAAACACUACCGACUGCCCCUCACUUUCCUCCUGGGAGUCAGCGUCUACAAGGCUUUCUUCAUGGAAUCUUUCGUCCACGUCUUUCUCCUGGGCAGCUGGACGGCACUCCUGGUCAAAGCCGUGAUUACCGGCCUCCUUUCCCUCAGCUCCCUGACACUCUUUGUCGCUCUGGUGCAUAGUAACUGAAGCGCGCCCCGUCCUCUUUCCGCCAGGGGGAGCCCUUGCCUGCGCUUCCUGCUAAGGCCCUUCUGCCAAGGCAGCGCACGCGGCCUGAUCCUGUCUGCCGUGGCGUCGGGUUUGACGUGGCCUCUGCUCUCAAGGAACGGGAACAACAAUAACAACAAUAAAAAAGUUUGAAUUUUUUUUUU